AACACCAUAUUGAUAAACCGCAUUGAUAACCUCAGAUUGGCAUUAAAAUGAACUACUUCUGUAUUAAUCUUAUUGUUCAUAAGCGACUCUUUAGAGACAACUUAAAUUUUUGCAAAUAAAGACAGUUUAAAAAGCAAGCUGUGAACAAUAACAAAAUGGCUACCAAUUUUAGUGAUUCACAGACACAAGACUCUGAUGAAGUAAAAGAAAUGUAUUGUGAGGAAUGUGAAAAACAUGAAGACAGGUAUUCACCUACAGAUGGAUUUUGUGUGGACUGUGUGGAAUAUAAAUGUGUAGUUUGUCUUAGAUAUCAUAGCAGACACUAUAGAACCCAUACAGUUGAAGAUAAGAACAAUAUGCCACAAGAUUUUUAUUUUGAAAAGUGUUCAUCUCAUCCUAAAGAGCUUAUGAAGUUUUUCUGUUCUGAGUGUGAAAAAAGCGCAUGUCCAAAGUGUAAGAAUAAUGAUCAUAAAAAUUGUAGUGAUGUAUCUCAUUUGCCAACACUUGCUAAAGACAUCAAAACAAGCACAGAACAUAAAGAUCUUAAAGAAAGUCUUGCCAAACUGUCAAACGAUAUAAAAGAUACAAAAAAGGAACUGAAUGACAAGUGUACAAUAAUUGCCUCACUAGAAGGUGAUGCAAAAGCGACAAUAAAGCAGCAUAAAGAUAAACUGAUUAAAACGUAUGAACAAAAGCUGAAAGAAAUAAUUGAUAAUUUUGAUAAAAAAAUGGAGGAAACCAUUGCUAAACUGAAGGAAGAAAGGAAAGAGUUGGUUGAGGAAUUAGCAGAAAAGCAAUCCAAGUUUAAAUUGAGGAUCUGCGAUGAAGAGCAGAAAAUUGUAAAAGCAGUUGAAAAUUCAAAUGCUGAUUUCAAAACAUUAAGAAAGAAACAUCUGACAUUAGUAGGGGAUUUAAAGAAACUAUCAGCUGAGCUUGUACAAGCACAGACAUUGGGUUAGAACUGCAAACUAUUUCUCACAAUGAAACAUACAAA